AUAAAUAGCAGUCAACUGAUGCUGUUCCUUUCAUAUCUUAGACAUCUAAAAAAAAGAAAAAGAGAGAAAACUAGGAUAGGGUCAGGAUGCAUGUACCUCAUGGCGACGAAACCUUUGACGCGCGGCCAAAAAAGAAUGAGCUCUCCAGCGGGGAAUUGA